AGUGCCGUCUUUUCGGAAUUUCUGUCAGUCCUAGUUUGACAGUAAGCAGUACGACAUUAUCACCACGUGUCCUCCUAAUUAAAGUCCAGUUUACCAAACGGUUUGAGUCUCCUCGGUUCGCGUUAUUCCACAUUUGCGACAAAUUUCAGUAAUUUCGAAGAAAUAAUAAUGCAGCUCCCAUCAGGAUCAGGUCCAGCUCGCCCAGCCACAGUUCUCACGUUUGUCCACAGGUAUAAAGCGUGUCUCACCUUUUUCUGGCGAAAGUACCCGCACCCCUCGCAAAUCAGGAGUUAUUUCCCGGAAGUGAAUUUCUCCUCGGAGAAUAUAACUGCGCUAAUUAAUUAUUACACGGCGUUAAGGAAAUACUACUUUGACACGAUGGAAGCCAUGGCACGUGCCGCGUUGGCGAGUGGAAUCACUUCAGCUGAAGAGAUUGAUCUCCGCCCAGAGAAUGAGGAGAUUGUCUCACUUUUGGCAUUUUUCGACCCUUUGAAGACACAAUGUCAGCCGGACGAGUUUUUGGAAGAGGUUGGGAUCGUGGUGAAAAGAUUCUUCGAAACUAUUCAGAAGGGAGAAGAUGCCAGUGAAGGGUGGAAAAAGAGUAUUUACAAGAUCGUGUCCGGCCGUGAAAUGGAUGUGCCAGCGUGGCUUCAUUACGAAGAUUUUAUGGAAUAUGCACAAGUCGAUAGACCAAUCCGAUGAAUUGUAUGCGCUGAUAAAUUUACUUACAAAACGGGUUUGUAGUUGGGAAAUUUGACAAUAUUUUCUUGAACUUUUAGAUACUUCUAUUUAAACUUUGUAAUUCGUGGAAUUUUGGACGAUUCAAAUAUUUAUUUAGCAUAUGUAGGGGAGCAAUAACGCUGUCAUAACUUUCACAUUUUCAUAUGUAUACCAUUACAUAUAUUUUGAAUAAAGUUAUACCGUAAAAAAUAGGCAAA